UGCGAUCAGCAGCACGUUUAUCUAUCUCGCCGGCUCAACGUUCACCCAAGAAAGGAAGCAAGUGCUGAUUUUGAGAAACACAACGGCAACAGACUGAAGAGUGGACCUCGGUUAAGUCGAGAAAGGAAGCUCUCUGCCCGCAUCACCAUGAGGGAAAUCGUUCACAUCCAGGCUGGACAAUGUGGAAAUCAGAUCGGGGCGAAGUUCUGGGAGGUGAUAAGUGAUGAGCAUGGCAUAGAUCCUACCGGCAGUUACCAAGGUGACAGUGACCUGCAGCUGGAGAGGAUAAAUGUCUACUACAAUGAGGCAUCAGGGAGUACAGGCAGCAAAUUUGUACCCCGUGCCAUUCUGGUGGACCUGGAGCCAGGAACCAUGGAUUCAGUUCGCUCUGGACCAUUUGGGCAGCUUUUUAGGCCUGAUAACUUUGUCUUUGGUCAAAGUGGCGCAGGAAAUAACUGGGCCAAGGGUCACUACACCGAAGGAGCUGAGCUUGUGGACUCAGUCCUGGAUGUGGUGAGAAAGGAGUCUGAAAACUGUGACUGCCUCCAGGGUUUUCAGCUCACCCACUCCUUGGGUGGAGGCACGGGUUCAGGGAUGGGCACAUUGCUCAUCAGCAAGAUCCGUGAGGAGUACCCAGAUCGCAUCAUGAACACCUUCAGUGUCAUGCCUUCCCCAAAAGUCUCUGAUACUGUAGUGGAGCCUUACAAUGCCACCCUCUCUGUCCACCAGCUAGUGGAAAACACAGAUGAAACCUUCAGUAUUGACAAUGAGGCCCUGUAUGAUAUCUGCUUCCGCACUUUGAAGCUGACCACACCCACCUAUGGAGACCUAAACCAUCUGGUAUCAGCCACCAUGAGUGGGGUGACCACCUGCCUGCGCUUCCCUGGCCAGCUUAACGCUGACCUCCGUAAGCUAGCUGUCAACAUGGUGCCCUUCCCCCGCUUGCAUUUCUUCAUGCCAGGCUUUGCACCUCUCACAAGCAGGGGCAGCCAGCAGUAUCGUGCCCUCUCUGUGCCAGAGCUCACACAGCAAAUGUUUGAUGCCAAGAACAUGAUGGCAGCAUGUGACCCUCGUCAUGGACGCUACCUCACAGUAGCAGCCAUCUUCCGUGGCCGUAUGUCAAUGAAAGAAGUGGAUGAGCAGAUGUUGAGCGUCCAGAACAAGAACAGCAGCUAUUUCGUAGAAUGGAUACCCAACAAUGUCAAGACUGCUGUUUGCGACAUCCCUCCAAGGGGCCUCAAGAUGUCUGCCACCUUCAUUGGCAACAGCACAGCCAUCCAAGAGCUGUUCAGGAGGAUCUCUGAGCAGUUCACUGCCAUGUUCCGCCGCAAGGCCUUCCUCCACUGGUACACCGGAGAGGGAAUGGAUGAGAUGGAGUUCACUGAGGCUGAGAGCAACAUGAAUGACCUAGUGUCUGAGUACCAGCAGUACCAGGAUGCCACAGCUGAUGAAAUGGGUGAAUAUGAAGAAGAUGAGAUAGAAGAUGAGGAAGAGGUCCGCCAUGAUGUUCGCCACUGAUUACAAAAAACACUGACAUGACAUUAAAUCAGUUCUUAGUAAUAGCUGUUGCUGGAGAAGUGCAAUGAGAUAAUAUCAAGUGUGGUAGACAUGCAGAUGUUUAUUGCCCAGGUCAUUAUGAAAUGUUGCUGUUUUAGCCAAAUAAUGCUGCAUUUAGGCAUUGCUUAUACUGACAAAGCUGUUGAGUCUGGUAGAAUCUGAAAUAUGCAAUCACUGUAGUGUUAGUUUCUCCAAGUCAUGCUUUGCAAGUAAAAAAAAAAACAGUCUUGUCCUUAUCACAGUUUUGUAACAUUCACUUUAUCAUGCAUUUAUGGUCAAUGGUCUCAAAUAAAAGAUCCAAACCAUC